AUGGGACACAUUAAUUCAAUUGCCAACACACCCGAAAUGCGUAAUAGAAUUAUGCAACAAUUGAUGGCUCUGUCAGCAAAUAAUGGGGCCGGUGGCAAUGUUGCGCAGAAGAUUAUUCGAACGAAUGCUGGCCAACAGCAAGGGCCACCAGUUCAAUUGUUACAGCACCAACAGCAGCAGCAAUUUUCCCAGACCCCCGUUUCUAUAUCUCAGUCUCCUGUAAAUACGUUUACUUCUCUGCCUCAAAGUGUAAAUAAUGUUCGGGCGGCGGGUACAAAUGUAAAUAUCUCCAAUCUUAAUGGAAUGAUUAACUCUCUUACACAGACAAACGUCGGCCCAAUUCCAAAUAACGUUAAUCCGGCAAUAGCUGCGAUGAGCCAGGGAAUUGGCCUCACUAAUCUCCAACCACGACAGAAUAAUGGAGUCGUUAGCAAUGUGAGUAGUAACUCGGCACAUAAUGCAAUUACAACAGUACAGGGAAUGAGUCCCAAUAGUACGGUUGGAAUGUCUCCUUCGAAAUCAACCAUAACUGCUCCCGCGGGAGUUCGAACGCCGUCAAAUAUAAAUGCUCGACCAAAUAAUGUACGUGUAAUUUCACAGCCACAGCCACAGUCACAGUCACCACGGCAGAUUUUACAACAAAGUCCAAGUGUUACUGGGAAUGUAGUUACGAUUAAUCGUUCUAAUCAGCCAGUGGCUGCGACGUCUGCCAUGUCGAUUGCUAAUGGUACUGCUCCGCGACCAGGAAAUGGAGAAUCGACAGUUGCAAUAGUGAAAAAUGAGCAGACGCCUAUUAUUCAAAGUAGAAGAAGAUCCUCUACAAGCUCUGCCGGGAGAGCUGCUAAACCACCUGCACCUGCCACUCCUGGAAAUGGUACUGUGUCAAAAGCUAAUGGAACAACUGGAAAUCAGAAUAACUCUGUGGUAGCUAAUCAGGUCGUUCGAGCAAGUAUGGCUGCUCCAUCUACGACUGCUCAAUUAAAAAAACUUUCUGAUAAAGAAUAUAACGAUGCUGCCACGCACAUUAAAGAGGCUGAGAAAAAGAAGCGUCGACUAGGUUUACAUGCAUUAAAUUUGUCUGAAGAGGAUAUCCGUAAGAUAGAGUUGCUCAUUCCCGAACUUCAGCGUAUAAGCUCAAUGGCGGAUGAAACUCUCGUCUAUUUUUGGCAUUUUACUCGUAACCAGAGAGGUCUUGACAAUGUCUUGACGAGUCGGUUUCUUAUAGAGGAUUUUCUUAAAGGCUGGCAACAAAAGCAAUAUUAUUUGAAUGCUGAAUCAUUAGAGAGUAGCAUAGAUUAUCUUCAAGAAGCUAUAAAUUGUGUUCGUAAUUUACGCCAAGGCAAACAGGAUGAAUUUUAUGCACAUUUAAACAAGAGUCCAGUGAUGAAUCAAUCAGAAAUUGAAAAUCUACUUCUAAAGAAAUCAAUCGACCUCAAAAUUCCGGAAAAACGAGAGAGACAUAUUAAUUCAGGAUCUAAUAAACGGCCAAGGACCACUUCUGCACAUGAACAAAUGAGAAGAUCAAGCGUCAUAAGUUCUGUGGAUGAAGUGGACAAUGAGGAGGAGGAAUGUAGUAUCGAAAAGAUGGAGAAUACAUUUAAAAAUAUAAAGUUAGUGUUGAAGGACGCUGCUGAAAAAGAGAGGGAGAGAGAGACUAGGAACAAGAAUGGCCUAGGACUGCCCACCAGAAUGGACCGUUUGAUGAUUGAGGGAUAUAUGAUUCCUCCCAGACUGUUGGAUUCUACCAAAGUGUUUGUUGGGCUUGGUAGUGCUAUAUGA